UGGGCGGGUGCGGACAGGGCUGGCCGCCGCCGCAGCUGUUGCCUCCUGCGCUAGGCCUCCUCUCGGCUCCCAGGCGCCCCGCAUACCCCACCCCAGACCCGAGGACAGCGCGCCCGCCGCCGCCGUCGCCUCUCGGCCCUCCCAUGAUCGCCCAGUGCCUUUCGGCUGUGCGAGGCCUCCACAGAGUUAGUGGUUCCAGGAUUUUAUUCAGAAUGACUUUAGGAAGAGAAGUGAUGUCUCCUCUUCAGGCAGUGUCUUCCUAUACUGCGGCUGGCAGAAAUGUUUUAAGAUGGGAUCUUUCACCAGAGCAAAUUAAAACAAGAACUGAGGAGCUCAUCGUGCAGACCAAACAGGUGUACGAUGCUAUUGGAAUGCUUGAUGUUGAGGAAGUAACUUAUGAGAACUGUUUGCAAGCACUGGCAGAUGUAGAAGUGAAGUAUAUAGUGGAACGAACCAUGCUAGACUUUCCCCAGCACGUCUCCUCUGACAAAGAUGUACGGGCAGCAAGUACAGAAGCAGACAAAAGACUUUCUCGUUUUGAUAUUGAGAUGAGCAUGAGAGAAGAUAUAUUUCUGAGAAUUGUACAUUUACAGGAAACAUGUGAUCUGAGUAAGAUAAAACCUGAAGCCAGAAGAUACUUAGAAAAGUCCAUUAAAAUGGGAAAAAGGAAUGGGCUCCAUCUUCCAGAACAAGUACAAAAUGAAAUCAAAGCAAUGAAGAAAAGAAUGAGUGAGCUAUGUAUUGACUUCAACAAAAACCUCAAUGAGGACGAUACCUUCCUUGUAUUUUCCAAGGCUGAACUUGGUGCUCUUCCUGAUGAUUUCAUUGACAGUUUAGAAAAGACAGAUGAUGACAAGUAUAAAAUUACCUUAAAAUAUCCACACUACUUUCCUGUCAUGAAGAAAUGUUGUAUCCCUGAAACUAGAAGGAAGAUGGAAAUGGCAUUUAAUACAAGGUGCAAAGAGGAAAACACUGUAAUUCUGCAGCAACUACUCCCACUGCGGGCCAAAGUAGCCAAACUCCUCGGCUAUAGCACACAUGCUGACUUUGUCCUCGAAAUGAACACUGCAAAGCGUACAAGCCAUGUAACAGCCUUUCUAGAUGAUUUAAGCCAGAAAUUAAAACCAUUGGGUGAGGCAGAGCGAGAGUUUAUUUUGAAUUUGAAGAAAAAGGAAUGUGAAGAGAGAGGUUUUGAAUAUGAUGGGAAAAUCAAUGCCUGGGACCUACAUUACUACAUGACUCAGACAGAAGAACUCAAGUACUCCAUAGAUCAAGAGAUCCUCAAGGAAUACUUCCCAAUUGAAGUGGUCACUGAAGGCUUGCUGAACAUCUACCAGGAGCUGUUGGGUCUUUCAUUUGAGCAAGUGGCAGAUGCUCACGUAUGGAAUAAAAGUGUGACGCUUUACACUGUGAAGGAUAAAGCCACAGGAGAAGUUUUGGGACAGUUCUACCUGGACCUCUAUCCAAGGGAAGGAAAGUACAACCACGCAGCCUGCUUUGGUCUCCAGCCUGGCUGCCUCCUUCCUGAUGGGAGCCGCAUGAUGUCGGUGGCCGCCCUCGUGGUGAACUUCUCGCAGCCAACAGCGGGCCGUCCCUCUCUCCUGAGGCACGAUGAGGUGCGGACUUACUUCCAUGAAUUUGGUCAUGUCAUGCAUCAGAUUUGUGCACAGACUGAUUUUGCACGAUUUAGUGGAACAAAUGUGGAAACUGACUUUGUAGAGGUGCCAUCCCAAAUGCUUGAAAAUUGGGUAUGGGACAUGGAUUCCCUCCGAAGAUUGUCAAAACAUUAUAAAGAUGGAAGCCCUAUUAUGGAUGAUCUGCUUGAAAAACUUGUUGCUUCCAGACUGGUCAACACAGGUCUUCUGACCUUACGCCAGAUUGUUUUGAGCAAAGUUGACCAGUCUCUCCAUACGGACGCAUCGCUGGACGCUGCAAGUGAAUAUGCCAAAUACUGCACCGAGGUUUUAGGUGUUGCUGCUACUCCAGGCACAAAUAUGCCAGCCACUUUUGGACAUUUGGCAGGGGGAUAUGAUGGCCAAUAUUAUGGAUAUCUUUGGAGUGAAGUAUUUUCCAUGGACAUGUUUUACAGCUGUUUUAAAAAAGAAGGGAUAAUGAAUCCAGAGGUUGGAAUGAAAUACAGAAACCUAAUCCUGAAACCUGGGGGAUCUCUGGACGGCAUGGAUAUGCUCCAGAAUUUCUUGAAACGUGAGCCAAACCAGAAAGCGUUCCUAAUGAGUAGAGGCCUGCAUGCUCCUUAAACUGGGGAUCUUUGGUAGCAGUCCAUGUCUGGAGGAGAAGUUGACAUCGCCAUGUGUUACUGGCCUGGAAACUGAAGGGAGUUUUACAAAUGAAAGUUUAGAUUUCUAUUGACUGCCUUUUGUUUUUCGCUUUGAAAAAUUUUGCAGACGUAAAUGGAACUAUAAAUACCAUGACCUAAGCAAACACCCAUUAGAAAAUAAUUGUACUAUAAAAUUUCAUAAAAAUGGAUUUGAUUUCUUUUUAUAAAAGUUUCAUAUGAAUGUAAUUUGAUUUUUUACUAUUGUACUCUAGAUAAUAUAAUGUAAGAGGGCUAAGAAUUUUUAAAUUGAAUCAUAUACAUUAUAUAAUUUGAUCCUUCUUAUAUCGCAAAGCUUUGUACUUGAGAUUUCUGGACUGAUAAUGAAUCAUCACAUUCCUCUGGUAAAUAUUUUCUUGGAGCCCUGCAUCACCUUUGACCCUCUGUCUCAUGGUAAAGUGUGACCUCUUUGCCCACAUACCUCAGGGCCAGGGGAAUAUGCCUCAGUAAUGCAUUUAUCUUUGCAUAUCAGGUCUUACGAUUUCCACCUUUCUGCCACACUUAAAUUAUGUUCCGCCAUUGGGGUUUAUCUUUUUUAAAGUCCUGUCAGAGAGUACCAAAAAAAGUACGAGUCUUAACUGAACUGGCCUAAUGUGUAUUGUUUCUGUAUCUGGUGUUAGAGGAUUUUCGAUCUUGUAUUAGAGGUUCCUUUCCACCUCAGCAUAUGAAGAUUGUUAGUCUUUCGACAUAUUUGCCAACUAGCGCACUAAAGCAAGUCCAAGGAUAUGUUUCUUUUCUCAUGUUCUGGUAAGUGGUAGGGACUUUGCCUCCUUUAUCUCCUCCACGGUGGCAGAUAAACAUGUCACAAAUGGCAGUGUAGUGAAGAGAGCUAGAGCUGAUGUCAGGCAGAAAGAGUUCAGAAACUCCAGAAGAGGAGUAAGUUCUGGACAGAAGUGUUUGAGGACGGCUGAUCCGAAGUGUCAUGUGUUCUUUAACUCAGCCACAGGGAGGAGGCUCUUCAUAGCCUAUCUUGUCUGGUGAUUUUUAUUUUAAGUGAACCUUUGGAUCUCUCUUUAACUUUCUUUUUUAUGAGUCUAACUUCUACUUCUACGGCAGACCAAUAAACUUACAGUACUUACUUUUCCCUAGGAGCCUA